AUGCGUCGCACUCGUUGGGAGGAGGCCUGCGGUGCGGCGCGCCGUGAUAUACUAGUCACGCUAGCGGAAUUACCUUUGACACAUAAUCAGCCUUUCUGGCUAGGGGUUCAUGAUGGGCAGGAACUGAUCAGUUCGGCCGAGGCCGAAUGUAAACUUAUCUCGAUCACAGCAGCACUUGACCGCUUAUUUGACCGUUGCAAAGAGACGGUGAGAUAUACUGAUGUCAGUGUGCGCAGAUGGCUCCGAGGCAGGUUUCCAGAUCGCCCUUACAAGGCGCCCUUCGAGCUUGUCAUGAGGCAAGCCUCUGAACGACAGUACAGGAGCGAGUUCAAGCGCUGUGUUUGCUUCUGGUUCCGAGUUCUGCAGUUGUCUCCAACCAUAGCCUGGUCGAUAAUGGGGCGCGCAUUGUCCCAACGUCAACGCAGGAUGCUACGACAGCUUUGGUUCGAUCCCGCAUGGGACACCCAACAACCACCGGGACAGGACACUGUACAGCAAUGUUACGAUGAGGACGAAUUUGAAGAGUCCGAGGAUGAGAGCGAUUAUGAAAGUACGGAUGAUGAGGAGGAUGAGAAGGAGGGUACGAGGGGUUUUAACCUGCCCUUCGAGAAGGACGACGAUGUAUCGGUUGAGGAGUCAGCCUCGAGUCAAUCUUCCGGAGUUGGGCCUGAGGAUCCCCUUGGCGAUAUCGUACUUCGGUUCUGCUAUGAUAUGGCUACCGAAGACUUUGAAGAUGGGAGAGCCAGCUCGUCUCUACUCGUCUACUUCAGUGCUGUUCGUGGUCUAUCGAGACCAAGGGGCGAUGAGUAUUUACGUCCUCACCAAUUCACGCCCGUCUUAUCCAGGUUGAUAUACUGUACGCGCCUGAUCUUUCUGGAGAGAAUCGUGCCACGGUUCGCCCACGCACAUAUUGGCCUCUCCGCGAGACCACUUUACGGUCAACUGCAAAUGCUGAAGGAGGUGCGCGCGGAGAAGAUGUGUGAUGGUACGAUGUCCCCUCUUGGCGAGUUUCUCAGUCUCCUAGCUUAUGGCCGUGCACUCCAUGGAACUGAGGGUCCGGUAUAUCAUUUUCACUGGAGCGAGGACGCCCGAGAGGCCUUGGGACAAGCCACUAAGCAGAGUCGGCGGUUGAUGUACGAGUGGGAGCCACUUGAUCCUAAUUUCAACAGCAUCCGAGAUCGAUUGUCAAUGGCAACCGCCAACUACUCCUUUGUGACCGAUCCGACCAACAGGAUAUCAGAUGCAUAUUUGGAGUCUGCUUAUGAAGGCGUGUACAUCUCCGGUCGAUGGUCUUCUUAA